AUGGCUUCCCACGUCCGCCCCGGCGCCUGCCACUUCACCUUGCCACCUGUCCCACGUCCCUUCCCAUUAUUCUGCAAUCUUUCGAGAAACUUCAUCGUGUCCACGGAGAGACUACCUCACUCUCCUGCCCGUCAGGCGACGCAUCGCUCCCCUCCUUGA